AUGCCAUUCCUCCCGCGUCAAGACCAUGUCGUGCCAGAGUCUCCCCAGGCUCCUUCCUCGGCUGCAAAAUCAACCGCGGGCGUACCAGAAAUAGAUGGCUCAUCGGCCGGAUUCAUUGCCCUCGUUGUGGCGCUAGCUGCCAUCGUCGUGUUCAGCUGCAUAGCCGUCUUCUUCCUCCUGCGAAACAAUGACCCCACACCAUACGAGCGCGAGCUACGUCGAGCUCGACGUCGGGAGAGUGGGCGCGCGGGCACCGCAGCCUCGGGCUUUGGCUCGCCAGGUUUCCGGGGCAAGAUCGCAAGGCUAUUCGGCAGGAGAAGAGCUGAAGGUUGGGUUCGUGCUGCCGAUGACGAUAGCGGUGAUUGGGAUGCUGCGGAUGAGCGCUUCGAGCCGAAAGAAAUGCAAGGGACACAGACGGCUGGCGUCCCUCAGAGAGUCUCUGAAGGGCGGAUUCCUUCCCCGGAGCGAGACAUGAGCACGGAAUCUGUCGAGCUCUCAGUCCCAGAUGCUCAUCCGGACAUCGAUGUGCCCUUGUCCUCUUCGCCAACCUCCAUGGGGUCUACGCUUUCACACGACGACGAGGGUGCCAGAGAGAAUGGUCGAUUUUCCGUCCGAACUGGGGACUCCAGCAUUCGCUCUAUGCGUAAAUUCGAGAGUGGCACAAAGUUUAAGGAAGCGUUGGACUUCUGA